GAGGCUCAUGUCUGCAGUACUCCCAAUGCAGUAGAUGGAGCUAUGCAGCAAACCACUUACUGCCUUUUCCAUUAUUUCCUCCCUGGGUUUUAUGCUUCCUCCUUUUGACCUGCGAGGAGCGGAUUUGACAGCUCGCUGGUCAGGUGGUGGGAGCGGCGCUACACACUGGAAAACUGACAGAACAGGUGAACAAGUACAGCAACUGGAAGAUGGACAACCAGGAGCUCCCUGCCUCCAUCCGAUCUCUUCACAUCCACAGACACCCUCAGAACAACCAGAGAUACUUCUGUUACACCCGCGUUAGUCCACGUGCCUUCGAUCUCUGUGUUACCAAUAUUGUGGAUGUCUGGAGCACAGCGUUCAGUCAACAAAAGCUGGAGGAACACAAGUCUAUGCAUGGGAUGAAAAACGCUGAAGAAUACCAUACCAGAACCAAGGAGGCUUUCCACAAGGAUGCGGUCAGCCUCACGGUUCUGGACAACACAAUGAUUCUCAAACUGAGCCAGGACGUGCUGGGCCUGGCCUUUGACCUCUACAAGCUGCCCGUGGCAGAGGCCAAGGUGGAACUACGGUCUGUGGUGUUUCACCUGGUGGAUCAUGUGCACCACCUGGAGAAGCAGGUGACAGCGAUGGAAGAAGCCGACGCCUCUAGCCCGGGGAAGAGGAUGCCCUUCGCACACAGACUGUUCCAAACAGUGGACUUUGAUUCCAAGAUGAAGAAUAAUGAUCCUGGAUCUUCUCCAGUGGCCAGGAAGAGACUUGCAGGAGAGUCCCUGAUAAAUCCAGGCCGGAAGAGAACCAAGGCUCCCACUGGAGUGAGCUUCGAAGACAACAACCUUGAUAACAACAGCCAGCAAAAUGAAUUGGAUGAAGUAUGAUGGAAGGAAUGGAAGAUACUGGUUUACACCAAAGAUAGACACAAAAUGCUUGAGUGUCUAUAGAGUCAACGGGUCAUAGAGUGAUGCAGAGUGAAACACAGGCCCUUCGGCCCAACUUGCCCACACCGGCCAACAUGUCCCAUCUACACUAGUCCCACCUGCCUGCGUUUGGCCCAUAUCCCUCUAAAGCUGCCUUAUCCAUGUACCUGUCUAAAUGUUUCUUAAACAUUG